AUGGAAAGAUUGGGGUCCAGGGCGGAGGGGAGCGCGGACUCCGGGCUGGGGAUGGUGGAUCCUCUGCAGGAGCAGAAGAACGAGAAGAUCCGACUCUUCAUGGACGACUUCAUACAGCAGAAGCGAGAACGUAUGAAGGAGGUGAAGAAGGAGCUGGAGGUCCUCAGCAUGCUCCCAGACCAGAUCCUGGAAGUGGAGCUUCUGAAGAUGCCAAUGUCCUUAAGACAGAUGAAGGUUGGGGAAUAUUACAAGCUGAUGGAGUUUAACAAGACAGACUUGGCUCCUGUAGUGAAGGUGGACAGUCUGGAUGAGGAGCUGCGAGAGGCUAAACUUGUAAGAAAAACCAGCAGGAAAGUGAAGAUGACCACGUCUGUGGAAUAUCAUGAAGCUGUCGGCUCUAAAGCGAUGACCACGACACAGGAGAACAGGUCUGUCCAAAAGGAUCCAAAAAGUAAAUCUCUUGUUUCUCUAACGAAUGAUGCUGAAAAGAAAACGUCUUUAACCAGAACUGCGACAGCCUAUUCCGCCCGCUCCUCGAGAAACUGCGGCGUCUCUUCACUGGGUGACUUGCCGCUGCAUGACGGCCUUCCUCUCGUACAUAUACCCUCGGUGGAUGGGCAGACCUUAUCCUCGGCGUAUGAUGACCUGGAGUCCCUGCAUGUGGAGCUGCUCAUACAAGACAUUGUGCAGAACAUACACGCCCUUGUGGGUCAGCUUACUAACCUGUAUGCCAAAGCUCCAACGCAGCUCCUUGCAGGUGGCCAUGUGUGA